AUGCCCUCAAACGCCUGCGAUAGAUGUCACCGCCGCAAAGUCCGCUGCGACAAGAUCCAACCUCAAUGCGGGCCCUGCAAACGCGCUGAUGUCGCUUGUGAGUAUGCUGUUAGUGAGCAUCAGUUGAGGAGGAGGAAUGUUCAGAAGUUGGAGAGGAGGAUUAGGGAGUUGAUGGAUUGUAAUGAGGGUUUGACGCAGCAGUUGAGGCGGUCGGAGGAGGUGGCCAGACGAUCUGAGGAUGUGACGAGAAGGUCUGAGGAUGUUACUAGGAGAUCUGAAGAUGUUGAGAGAGGUGAGGCGUCGGUGGUGCAGGAUAGUCCUGGGGAUGGAGAAGUAGCUGAGGAGGUUAUUCAGAUGAGUCUCAUCGCAGGCGGAGGCCAUCACUUUGUCGGUUCAACAAGCGGUCUUCUCCUCGCUAACCUCCUCCAAUCCCGCCCUCAACCAUCCUCAUCUCUCACCACAUCCUGGAAACCAAACUCCCUCCCCGGCCUAUCCUCACCACAAACCAACUCCGGCCUCCCACCCAAAACCCUCGCCUCAGAACUCCUCAAAGCCUAUUGCAGCCAUGAUCAUCUCUGCUACCCCUUCCUCUCCACCAAAUCCCUCUACCGGUCUUUAGACGCCGUGUACGAAGACUCCAGCGCCAAAGAUCCCGUCGAUGCCUUCUUCGUCGACAUGACCCUCGCUAUCGGCACGGCGCAGGUGCACAAGUUUAACUGGAACGGUGUAUAUGAUGCUGAGACGCAUUAUAACCGCGCCAUGACGAGACUAGCUGAUGUGCUGGCGAGGGAUGGGAUCGAGAGGUUGCAGGCGCUGUUGUUGGUGUGUCAGUAUAGAAUGGGCACGACGUCGAGCAAUACCACGACUAGUGUUUGGCACCUCAUCGGUGUUGCGGCGAGGACGUGUCUUGAGAUGGGGCUUCAUCGGGCAGCAACUUAUGCGCUUCCGCGGACGUUGGAUGAGCCGACGAGGAAGGUGAAGGAGGAGGAGAUGGAGACGAAGCGACGGUGUUUCUGGAGUCUUGUUGCGCUGGAUCGCGUGACGAGUCUUGCGCUUGGAAGACCUUUGGCAUUGCAGCUUGAAGACAUAGACGUUGAUCUUCCCCCUUCGUCAACAGCAGAUCAACUACCCGAGGAUAGUAGUCCUCUCUCAUCAGCACCCUACGGAACACCUCAAUACCGCGCUGCGACCUCGGUAUUUGUGCACAUCGUUCGCUACCGCCUCAUCUGCGGGAAGAUCAUAAAUGCCCUGCACCGGAGUGCCAAACACGUCACGUUCCCGAACACAAGCUACGAUGAAAUGCGAACAGCUCUAGCGAGGGAGUUACAAGAGUGGCAUACGGAAACAGCAAAUCUUCCUCUUGUUAAGAGCGACACUGCUGCUUCACCGGCUAGUGGUUCGAGUUUUCGUUCUGAGGAGUGGUAUAGGCUCUUAUACCAUAACGGCAUGCUCAUGCUGUUCCGACCGUCGCCGUGUCUGAACGAUGCAGCUGUGAAUAGUCUCGCACUGCAGAAUAUAUACGACUCUGCUAGGGAGGCUAUAAGUCUCUAUGCAAGUCUGCACCGAUCGCGAAAGUUGAAUUAUUCAUGGAUAACAAUGCAUUCCGUCUUCCUAGCCGGACUAUCAUACAUCUUCGCCCUACGCCAUCAUUUCUCUGGUUCUGAACCUCAGCGCGCAAGGUUACAUACAACACCAACGAUCAGCCAAGUCGUCAACGACACGAGGGCUUGUUCAAAAGUGUUAGUAGCUGUGUCGGAGAGAUGGGACUUGGCGAGGAACUGUUCGGAUCUGUUUGAUAGGCUGAGCGAUGCGGUGGUUGCUGAUGUCGUGGAGGCGAGUGUUGCGGCGCCGGUGCAGUUUUCGGCGGAUCUGGCGGGUAUGACCGUUGAUAGUACGUUUAGGGAUUGUUUUGGGGAUUUGCAGAGUUUGGGGCUGGAUGAGUUCCAUAAUGAUGCUAUUUCGCAGUUGAGUCAGGAGUGGUUUUUUGGGCUGGGGGGUGAGAGCCAUUCGUAUUAUUGA